UACAAUCAUUGCUUUACCGGUGAUGUGUUCAUCCGCUACGGUCUGAAAGAAUUCAAUGGAGAAGAAACAUUCAAAUCGUUCGUUGAUGACGAAUGGCUUUCAACCAAAUUCAUGUCCUACUUUGUUGCUUGCUUGAGCCAUGAUGAAUCAAUCCACAUGGCUGAGGGUGCUGGAUACAGGGUCUUCCUAUCUCUAGAGAUUGGGGAAUAUGUAAAUAUAGAGGAAGAUGAGGACUUUUCCCAGUGGGAUUCUCCACCGGCCCUAGCCAUUUUACAGCGUGACAUUGAGCACGUCGACCCAACCAAAGUAAAGCUUUUCUUUUUGCCUGUGAUGGAGGAGGACCACUAUAGUGUCUACUGCAUCAAUUUCAUUCACGAUCGGAUAGAUGUACUUGAUUCUAGUCCAGAAGACCACACAAUUUAUCAUAAUGUUCUCGGUGACCGGAUCAUUCGAAGGCUUAAUCUCCUAUUCCAGCUGGCCACGGAUUAUAGAGUCAAGCAGUUUACUCGAUUCAAGCGCCCAAUAAUUGACGUAUGUAUGCACUCACACGAGAACGAUUGUGGAUUCUUUGCAAUCAAGUUCAUGGAGCUUUGGAAUGGUGAAUCUUUCCAUGUUCCCAUCCUCACGGCAAACGGACGUCUGUAUAGGUCUGAGCUCUUAUUCUACGGCCUCUACCAUCCACUGGACACUAUCAAGAAGCUCACUGCUGGACUAGAAGCAUACAAGCCUCGUCUGUGACCCUCCUGUCUCCUCCAAAUUAUCGUCGAAAUAUGUGUGCAAGUGAACAAGUCUGUUAUCAAUUUUUUCCCACUAGGACAAGACUGAGUUGUCCCAGGGUUGUCAGUUACUGUAUUGGAGUAAUUAUAGUUAUCUAUAAAAAAAUUCUAGAAUACUAUGCCCAUAUCUAUGGCAUGGAAAUACUAUUUUUCAAUGUUAAUUAUCAUGAUUCUGUACCAAUCUACUACCUUGUAUUAUAAGUUACUGCAAUAAGAUGCCUAAUUACCAUAACUUAGUCACUGUGCUUGUUAA